AUGGCGCCCGUUACCCUGUUCUUUGGGACAUUCGUGGACCUUCCCCGGUUGAAUUCCGGCCGGAAGCAUGAGCUAUCUAUCAAUCAUGGCGUGCUCUGGGUGGCAGCAUCGACUGGCCGGGUCGAGGGGUUUGACUGGAGUGUUGACAGCGAAGAAAAAUUGCAGUCGCUUGUUAGGAAAAGUGGCUGGGCUGGUGUACAGAUUGUACGAGCAAGAGAGGACCAGAAUGAGUUUUUCUUCCCGGGGUUUAUCGACACACAUAUCCACGCGCCUCAAUACCCGAAUUCAGGCCUCUUCGGUUCUUCAACCCUCCUAGACUGGUUGGAAUCAUAUACAUUCCCACUCGAAAGCUCCAUGUCCAGUCUCUCCAAAGCCCGAACGGCCUACGACACCGUCAUCUCCCGCACCCUCGCCAACGGCACCACGUGCGCCUCCUACUUCGCAACCAUCCACGUCGCCUCAACAAACCUCCUCGCAACCCUCUGCCACACCCGGGGCCAACGCGCCCUCAUCGGCCGCGUCUGCAUGGACAACCCCUCCUACUGCCCAGAGUACUACCGCGACGAAUCCGCGCAGUCCUCCACAUCCGCAACAGAGGAAACAAUAUCCCACAUCCACACGCUCGAUCCAGAGUCAAACCUCAUAAAACCAAUCAUCACCCCUCGCUUCGUCCCAACCUGCUCGCGCACCGCGCUGGCCUCCCUCGGCGCCCUCGCAGCAUCCCACACCCCGCCCCUGCACAUCCAAACCCAUAUCUCAGAGAACACAUCCGAGUGCGGCCUCGUCCACUCCCUCUUCCCAGAAUACCCUUCCUACGCAGCCGUAUAUGACGCAUAUUCCCUGCUCACUCCGCGCACGAUCCUCGCGCACGCAGUGCACCUCACCCGCGAAGAAAAGGAGCUCAUUGCAUCCCGCAAGGCCAAAAUCUCGCACUGCCCAGCAUCUAAUUCGGCGCUAGGUUCGGGCAUUGCACCGGUCCGGGAUCUCAUUGAUAAGGGGAUCACGGUUGGUCUUGGGACGGAUGUUUCGGGGGGCUAUAGCCCUAGUAUUCUUGAGGCGGUGCGGCAGGCUUGUCUUGUUAGUCGGUUGUUGGGGCAUACUACUUCAGAGGUUGGCGAGGGUGCGGAUGGAAAUGGGAAGCAGGAGGAAGGCAGGGAAGUCCUCUCCGUCGAAGAAGCGCUGUAUCUUGCGACGCGCGGCGGCGCGGCUGUCGUUGAUAUGGAUGGUGAAUUGGGCGGGUUCGAGGUGGGGAUGUUUUGGGAUGUUCAGAUGAUUCGGCUUGGGCCGACUACAGCCGCUGCUGGAACUGCAGCUGCAACUGCAUCUACUGCUGGUUCUGGGUCUGAGACUCAGUCUGUAGUUGAUAUUUUCGGCUGGGAGUCCUGGACUGAAAAGGUGCAUAAGUGGGUGUGGAGCGGAGAUGAUCGGAAUGUGCGGAGUGUUUGGGUUAGAGGCACUCUUGUGCAUUCUAUUGAUGGUGACAGUGACAAUGGUUCUGAACAGGGACUAUUUGGGCUGGCAUCUGAUGUUAUGACGAAAGACUGGGUGCGUUGGGCGAUGGGUGGUGUAGGUGUUGGCGCUUUAGGGCUGAUUCUGGGAGGAAGGGCGAGGAGUGGUUGA